GUCAUCUAGAGAACAACAACAGUUCAAAAUAGAAAAGCGAGUGUUUUCUAAUUUAUUUUAAACUUAUUAAUUUUGUUUUUUAAACAAAAUUGAUAAAUUUUGUAGUGCACACACAUAUAUUGUUUGCAGCGGCUUUGAAAUGGCAGCUAGCGCUGUCUACUCAUUGAUAAGUAAGAAAGAAAAUGCACACGAAGAACCGAUUUACUGUUGUGUAUGGACAACAAUAGUAAAUGAACAGAAUUCAAAGAAUAGUCAAGACUUCUUAGUAACAGGAGGACUCGACAAUCUAGUCAAAGUAUGGUGCUUACAAAAUAAUAGGUUAGAGCUUCUUCACACACUGGACAGCCACUGUAUGGCAGUUGUGUCUGUCGCCGUUAGCCCAGACGGACAUAUAAUUGCCUCAUCAUCUUUAGACACCACCCUAAUGAUUUGGGAACUAACAACUGGCAUCAAAGUGCACGAAAUAGAAAUGGGUGGCACAGAUAUAUGGAAAGUGGCGUUCUCACCGACUGGCACUCAAGUUGUGUCCGGCAGCCACACUGGCAAACUCAGUUUGUAUGGGAUAGUGACAAAUACUGUAGACAGAGUUUUGGAUACUCGGGGAAAGUUUGCAUUGUGUGUUGCUUGGAGUCCAAAUGGAAAAUACAUUGCGAGCGGUGCUGUGGACGGUGCGGUUCACGUGUUCAACGUAGCUCAGGGCAUGCUUGUUCACACAAUACAUGCUCACAAACAGCUCGUGAGAAGCGUCAACUUUUCACCCAACUCUCUUCUGCUUCUCACCGCUUCUAACGAUGGAUUUGUUAAGAUAUUUGAUGUAGCCAGUGGUAGCGAGAAAAGGAACAUCUCGUUCAAGUCGUGGGCAUUGAGCGCGCGUUUCUCUCCCGACGGCACACGUAUCGGAGUGGCGGCCGCCGACGGCUCGGUCUCUGUGUUGAGCGCCUUCGAACUCAAACUGCUGAAGACUUUCCAAGAACACUCUGAUACGGUAUGGGAUCUUCAAUUCAACGUUGAAAGUAAUAAACUGUUGUCCGCGGGAAAAGAUAAAACGUUAAAUAUUUACGAAUGUCCAGUUCCUAAAAAGACUGAAAAUAAAAAAUAAGUAAUUUCUUUU